AUGGCUUCGUCAAAACGCGGGCCCUCGGUCCUGGUCACCGACUCGAGACAGCGACCUCCAUCUCGAGGGACGCCUCAACGACCAGGCACUGGUGCCGGUGGAGGACCCUCGCGCAUGCCGUCGAUGCGCUUCAUAUCCGUCGACAAUGUACUCCAAUAUAACUCAGAGAUACCCUCGGGACAACCCCGUCUGCCGCCCGGACAAAGUCCAGCAAUGCGAAGAAUGAGUGCACGGGGCCUAGCAAACCUUCCAUCGAGACACGGGCAGGCAAACAUGCCAUCGCGAACAACCAAAAUCAGCGAAAAGUUGGUGCUCCUGCCAGAAACUGAAGAGAAGGCCGAUGGCUUUGAUGAAGAAGGCGAGGGGGUCUUCAAAGAUGACGAUGACGAAGGGCCACCAAACGAUGAAGAGCUGGACAUUCUGAAGAAGCGAGCUGGCGUGCGCGGAAAGAGCUAUGCCGAACGUCUACCCAAAGGUCAGAGGACAGACAAGGUGUCCCGGCUGACGGCCUACUGCACUGCACAAUCGUACAAGAUGAAGUCUACAUCCGAGUUCCUGCGCAAGAAGCACGACGCGAAGACCAAGCUGUACGACGAUUGCCUGUAUAGUGUCUACCACAUCCCGAUAUUGCCAGGUGUGGACGGCUACCGGGUCAGAAGUCGGCCGAUCCUCAAGUCGCCAGGUACCGGCAAAACGUUACUUGACAUUGAGAUUGAAAGAAGCGAACUCCGAGAUGAGCACAUGGGUUAUGAGGAAUACCACUACGAUAUGCACAACGAUGAGAAUGGGGGGCACCGUGGCUCUGAAGAGCGCGGCCGCGACAUGAGCAGGCCGCAGCCGCAGCGCCACCAAGAUGAUGAUUCCAUCAGUCCCGUGAACAGGCUUGCGCCCGAUGCAAAGCAUUUUGCCGAGAUGUUUGUCUUUUCUUACGGCGUCGUGGUAUUUUGGAAUUUUACCGAGACGCAGGAAAAGAACAUUUUGGCUGAUCUCGCAUUUGCCGAGAACGAGUCAGGGGUGUCACUGGUCACACGCCCCCUCGAUCAGAGUGACUUUGAGACGGAAGAGUUCCAUUUCGAAUAUCGUAGCGACAUCAAGCGCCCUCGCAUUUUCAACGACAUGAUUACUCUGUUGCCGAAAUCCGAUCACAUGGUCAAGCUCACCAUUAGCCAUGCGAUUGCGCAAAGUACCAAACUCUGCUUUUUUGAGGAACGCAUGUCCGAGACCAUGCUGGACGCGCAGCACGUACCGAAGCGGCUGGCUUUAACCGGAGAGUUGAACAUGACCAGGACGGAAAUCGUCAAAAUCCUUGGCCGCUUAUUCAAGAGCCGCGUGGACAUUAAUCUCUCUUCCAAUAUUCUGGACGUUCCCAAUUUCUUUUGGGAUUCUGAGCCGACCUUGCAUCCGCUGUAUGGCGCGAUUCGCGAGUACCUGGAAAUCGAUCUGCGCACAAAGGUCCUCAAUGAACGGUGCCGGGUAUUUCUGGACUUGGCCGAAAUCUUGUCAGACUCGGUGGCCGACUCUAAGAUGAGCGCAAUCACGUGGAUCAUCAUCAUUCUUAUCAUCGUCAGUAUUCUUGUAACUGUUACUGAGGUUGCGCUUCGAUUUGGAAUCCUGUCCAAGGAGAAGGGCAGGAAUGAAGGCAGCUCUCACGAUGCAGAGGUACUACGGACCAGGCUGCACGGUGCCAUUGCAAAUGCCACCCUGGACGAACUGAAGAUUUGGAGUGCAGGCUUGAGUGAUGAAGAGAGGAGUGCUGUCUGCGGAUCAGAUUACGUGGGCACAACCUUUGCUGGCAUUUAA